AUGUCCAAGGUAACGGCGCCCGGGCCCGGGCCGCCCGCGGCGGCGGCGGCGGCGGCGGGCGGGAAGGAGAAGCGCUCCUUCAGCAAGCGGCUGUUCCGGAGCGGCCGCGCGGGCGGCGGCGGCGCGGGGGGUCCCGGGCCGGCCGCGCCCUCCUCGCCCUCCUCGGCGCGCUCGGUGGGCAGCUUCAUGAGCCGCGUCCUCAAGACGCUGUCCACGCUCUCGCACCUUAGCUCCGAGGGCGCCGCCCCGGACCGCGGCGGCCUCCGCAGCUCCGCCGGGACGCCGCGCCACGCGCCGCCCGCCUCGCCCGCGCCGCCCGCGCCGCCCUCCUGCGCCGCCGAGCCGGUGCCCGGCGUGGCGGGGCUCCGCAACCACGGCAACACGUGCUUCAUGAACGCCACGCUGCAGUGCCUCAGCAACACCGAGCUCUUCGCCGAGUACCUGGCGCUGGGCCAGUACCGGGCGGGGCGGCCGGAGCCCUCGCCUGACCCCGAGCAGCCCGCGGGCCGCGGCGCGCAGGGCCAGGGCGAGGUCACCGAGCAGCUGGCGCACCUGGUGCGGGCCCUCUGGACGCUGGAGUACACGCCGCAGCACAGCCGCGACUUCAAGAGUAUCGUGUCAAAGAAUGCACUGCAGUAUCGGGGUAAUUCCCAGCAUGACGCCCAGGAGUUUCUGCUGUGGCUUUUGGACCGAGUUCAUGAAGACCUCAAUCAUGCUGUGAAGCAGAGUGGCCAGCCUCCUCUGAAGCCACCAUCAGAGACUGAUAUGCCCGAGGGACCAUCUUUUCCUAUCUGUAGCACUUUUGUACAAGAACUUUUUCAAGCCCAAUACAGAUCUUCUUUGACAUGUCCUCAUUGUCAGAAACAGAGCAACACUUUUGACCCUUUCCUCUGCAUUUCUUUGCCAAUUCCUCUACCCCAUACAAGGCCUCUCUAUGUCACUGUAGUGUAUCAAGGGAAAUGUUCUCACUGCAUGAGGAUUGGUGUGGCUGUGCCUCUGUCUGGGACUGUUGCCAGACUUCGGGAAGCAGUGUCUAUGGAAACAAAGAUCCCCACCGAUCAGAUCGUGUUAACGGAAAUGUACUAUGAUGGGUUCCAUCGUUCCUUUUGUGAUACCGACGACCUGGAAACAGUCCAUGAAAGUGACUGCAUUUUUGCCUUUGAAACUCCCGAAAUAUUUAGGCCUGAAGGAAUUCUCAGUCAAAGAGGAAUUCACUUAAAUAACAAUCUAAAUCACUUGAAAUUUGGUUUGGAUCAUCAUAGACUGUCUUCCACUACACAAACUGCAGCAAAGCAAGGGAAAAUGGAUUUGCCCCCCACAAAAGCAAGAAGCGACAAGAUUGUUCUGUUGGUGUGCAACCGAGCCUGCACUGGGCAGCAAGGGAAAAGAUUUGGACUGCCUUUUGUGCUGCACUUAGAGAAGACAAUAGCAUGGGACCUUCUGCAGAAGGAAAUUUUGGAGAAGAUGAAAUAUUUCUUGAGGCCCACAGUUUGCAUUCAGGUGUGCCCAUUUAGUUUGCGUGUGGUCAGUGUUGUGGGAAUAACAUACUUGCUGCCCCAGGAGGAGCAGCCCCUGUGCCACCCAACAGUAGAAAGGGCAUUAAAAUCCUGUGGACCAGGUGGUACUGCUCAUGUGAAAUUAGUAGUAGAAUGGGACAAGGAGACAAAAGAUUUCUUGUUUGUAAAUACUGAAGAUGAGUAUAUCCCUGAUGCAGAAAGUGUCCGUCUGCAAAGAGAACGUCAUCAUCAGCCUCAAACCUGCACUUUAUCUCAGUGUUUCCAACUCUACACCAAAGAGGAACGGCUUGCCCCAGAUGAUGCCUGGCGUUGCCCACACUGUAAGCAGCUGCAGCAAGGGAGCAUUACAUUAAGCCUGUGGACUCUGCCUGAUGUGCUUAUUAUACAUCUAAAGAGAUUUCGACAGGAAGGAGACAGGCGUAUGAAACUUCAGAACAUGGUCAAGUUCCCCUUGACUGGCCUGGACAUGACACCUCAUGUGGUUAAGAGAAGCCAGAGCAGCUGGAGUUUGCCAUCCCAUUGGUCCCCGUGGAGACGGCCCUAUGGACUUGGAAGGGACCCUGAGGACUACAUCUAUGACCUGUAUGCUGUGUGCAAUCAUCAUGGCACCAUGCAAGGGGGGCACUACACAGCAUACUGUAAGAACUCUGUGGACGGCCUCUGGUAUUGCUUCGAUGACAGCGAUGUGCAGCAGCUGUCGGAAGAUGAGGUCUGCACGCAGACGGCCUACAUCCUCUUCUACCAGAGGCGGACAGCCAUACCGUCAUGGUCGGCCAACAGCUCAGUGGCAGGCUCAACGAGUUCUUCCUUGUGUGAACACUGGGUGAGCCGGCUCCCGGGGAGCAAGCCAGCCAGCGUGACCUCUGCAGCUUCCUCCAGACGCACCUCCCUGGCCUCGCUCUCAGAGUCCGUGGAGAUGGCUGGGGAGAGGAGUGAAGAUGACGGAGGCUUUUCAACUCGACCGUUUGUAAGAAGUGUCCAGCGUCAGAGCUUGUCAUCCAGAUCUUCUGUCACCAGCCCCUUGGCCGUCAAUGAAAAUUGCAUGAGACCUUCCUGGUCCCUGUCUGCUAAGCUGCAGAUGCGCUCCAAUUCUCCAUCCCGAUUCUCGGGGGACUCUCCAAUUCACAGCUCUGCCUCCACCUUGGAGAAGAUCGGGGAGGCGGUGGAUGACAAGGUCUCCAUCUCUUGCUUUGGUAGCUUGAGGAACCUUUCUAGCAGUUACCAGGAACCAAGCGAUAGUCACAGUCGUCGUGAGCACAAGUCUGUGGGCCGGGCCCCUCUGGCUGUCAUGGAAGGUGUGUUCAGAGAUGAGUCGGACACCUGCAAAUUGAACUCCAGUGUUGCAGAUACUCAGAGCAAACACUCAGCACAAGGGGAUCACUUGCCCCCUGUCUCUGAUCCAUUUGAUAACAAUAACCAGAUUGCUUAUGUAGAUCAGAGCGAUUCUGUAGACAGCUCUCCAGUCAAAGAGGCAAAACCCCCCAGCCGCCCAGGCUCACUGAAAAAGAAACCAGAGAGCACAACCAAGAGAUCCCCCAGUUCCAAAGGUGGUACUGAGCCAGAUAAAAGCUUGCGGAAGGGGAGACCAGCCUUGGCAAGCCAAGAAUCAUCUCUUUCAAGUACAUCUCCUUCUUCUCCUCUUCCUGUAAAAGUUUCUCUAAAGCCUUCCCGCUCUCGAAGCAAAGCAGAUUCCUCUUCCAGGGCCAGUGGAAGGCAUUCAUCCCCUGCCCUUGCCCAGUCCAAAAAGGAGUCAUCACCCAAAUCCCAGGACUCUGUGUCGUCUCCUUCACCGCAGAAGCAGAAGUCGGCUCCUGCCCUCGCUUACACUGCUUCUUCUACAUCUGCCAAAAAAGCCUCGGGCCCUGCCACGAGGAGCCCCUUCCCUCCUGGGAAAAGCAGGACUUCAGACCGGAGCUUAAGCAGAGAGGGCUCUAGACAAAGCCUGGGUUCCGACAGAGCUAGCAUCAGCUCCACCUCCAAGCCCAACUCCCCUCGCGUGAGCCAGGCCAGAGCUGGCGAGGGCAGAGGGGACGGGAAACACGUCAGGAGCUCGUCCAUGGCCAGCCUGCGCUCUCCCAGCACGAGCGUGAGGUCUGGUCUGAAGAGGGACAGCAAGUCUGAGGACAAGGGGCUGUCUUUCUUCAAGUCAGCCUUGAGACAGAAGGAAACCCGGCGGUCAACUGAUCUUGGCAAGACAACCUUGCUCUCUAAAAAGGGUAGCGGGAGCUCUGUCAAGUCAGUCUGUAAGAACGCUGUGGAUGACAAGGCAGAGAAAGGCCACCAGCCUCCAGGUUCCCAGCAGCCAAAUGCAAAUGCAGUUGGAAAAGAGCAGCUUGUCUCCAAGGACCCUGCUUCUGCUAAACAUUCCCUGCUGUCCACUCGCAAAUCCAAGUCUUCCCAGCUAGAUUCUGGAGUUCCCCCAUCUCCUGGUGGCAGGCAGUCUGCUGAGAAAUCCUCAAAAAAGUUAUCUUCUAGCAUGCAAACCUCUGCACGGCCUUCUCAAAAACCUCAGUGAUAUUUCUGCAAUCCAAGUGUUUUAUCUGUAAAGAUGUUUAUUUAUUUAGAUCCCCUCCCCACCCACCAGAGCCCUCUAUGCUUUUGUUUUGUAUUUUUUGGGUCACGUGCCUGAUGUGUGUAUGUGCGUUCUUGCGUGUGUGUGUGUGUAUGUGUGUAUGAGAGAGAGAGAGAGAGGAGAAUUCAAUUGCAAAUUGUUAAAAGCGUCGCCUUAUUCUGCCAUUGAACCAAAUAACAGCCAUAGGCAAAGCAUUGUUACCAAGCUAACUGGAAUAAUUGUAGAUGAUACCCUGGAUGGUCCCUUCAGCAAUUGUACAUAUUUCUUUCUAGAGAACUCUAAUGACUUUCGUUGGACAUGAGGGUUUUGAAACCUGUGAAUCAGUUAAGCUAUCCUUAGUGUAGAGAAGGGUGAAUUAUUCGACUUGGGUUUCUUCUGAGCUGGAUUUGUCGUUACUGUGGAUUGUCAGUUGGCACCAGGAGCUCUAAAAACUGUGACGCGAACAAUGAAACCAGUGGAGGGAAAAAUGUUGCUUGCUGCACUUUCGCCCCAUCUACCAGUCUUUGUAAAGGGCAAUAUUUUAACACUAAUGUUUCUCAGGUAUAUACUCAGCUAGUCUAGGCUGGAUGCACAUCAGUCAGUGGGUUAAAGAGGGAGGUGACAUGUGGGUGACUGUCAUUUUUCCUACUGCCACAGAUAGACAUUGUGGAGGUAGAAACAAAGCCUUUCGCUACCUUCAUAUUGCAGAGGUGUGUGCACCAUCACCUGUCUUGACUUUUGGAAUAUGUCCUAAGAGGUGGCACAUUGGAUAGCCAGAAAGCUAGUCACUAGGAGUUAAUUUUUUUUCCUUCUAAAUUUACUAGGUAAGGCCAUUGGGAUUUUGCACUGUGGUAAGUAGAGGAGUUAACACCUUUGACAGAUUCCUGGAAAAAAAUGGAUUCUUAACUCUGUACCAUUUUCCUUCUCUGGUGUGCUUUUUUUCUGUUAGGUGUUAAAAGCUCCAUGCUGUCCUGUGUUUGCAUGCUCAUGUUUCCUCGUCUCCUAACUUGGAGAAGAAAGAAAUUACCUACUGCCAAAAGUCCACGAUGGUACAUUGAAGUGAUGUGUAACAAAGUAUUAGAUACGCACUUCAGAUCCUGCUUGUUAGUCUUAGUUAUAAUGCUUUUUAGUAACUCAUUUCUUUCUUAUUUGUGCUUAAGAUUUGCUCUUAUGCCCAGAACUUACAAGCAGGUUUUGGAGUAUGUUCCAUCUAGCAGUGUCAGUGCAAAUUGCAUUUCUUAUCAAGGAAAAGUAGAAUCUCACAAUAGUCUCACAGAUAAGCAAAAUACAUAGUUUUUCAAGCUUUUGGGAGGUCUCCUGGCAAUAGUUUCCUGAUGAAUUUUUACCUUUUUUUUUCUUUUUCUAUUUUUUUUAAUGUCAAGAGAGUCAUGGUCCUAAUUCUCUUUGAAUAGCAUUUGUCACUUUGCCAUAAAAUACAGCAUGCUAAGUUUAUGUGCUUUUAAAUAUUAACUUUUUUUGUCAUAAACUCUUGAAGUUCUUCCUGAACUGUUGGUGCACAGAUCAUUUAUAAUCUCCCUUUUCAGUAUUGCUGUGUAUGAAGUAACUACAACACAUAUGCAUGCAUAGCUAUGAAAUUCUGCACUGCCCUUUUUUUUCUCUUAAUUUCUUUCCAAGAAUACCUCUUGGGAAAUAUUUUUGGUAGGUUACUUUAUUUUGCUGCUAAUAUGAGCAUUGACCGGUAACUUGCAAGUCUGGAGGUCAUUUAUGUUGAGGGUAGCUGGAACUUUAGACCCUUGACAACAUGUAAGACUUAUCUUUUUAGCCUUGUGAAAGUUACCGUAGUGCUCUAUGUAAUUCAUUAAACAUGAGCCUGUUGCCAGUGGCACUCAGUCUUGUCCUCAAUGCUUCACUAGGUGUCCUCAUUUUAUUGUACAGAUUUCGGUGGUCUCCCACAGCAGCGUUACUGUCCCCUGCUGCAGUACGACUGCAGUGGCUGCCUUCGAUACUGUCAUUGCUUCCAACAGGCCUGAUCAGUGUUUAGCCACUACUCUAGUUUUUUUUGUAUCACUUUUAUUUCUUGAAAAAGAUGUACCAAAUAUGAGAUCAUCAAUAUCAGGAAUUGAAUAUUUGUCUAAUUUGAACCUCUCAUCUUUGUUUUGUAGGUAGAUCUCAUUUGAAGUCUCCUAUCUGAAGCUCUGAAACAGUCUUAGAAUUAUAGUUUGAUUAGACAAAGGGCUUUAAUAACAUUUUUUUUUUCUGGCUAUAGUCAGUUAAGCAUUACUAAAAACUAGUUUAAUUUUCACAGUGGUAAAUAUUUUUAUUCUUGAGUCUUCUAGGAAUAAAUUUUCCGUGAUGUCUAGUGUCUUUAAAAAAAAAAGCCUUCUACAAAUUCCUUUAAUUUUCCAUGGCAUCUAGAAAUAAAAUUUCAGUAUCUAUAAACCGUAUGGCUUUUGAGUUUAGUCCUUAUUUCAGAGGUAAUAUAAAAAAUCAGGAAGUAUUACUGUAUUGUCUAGGCAUCUUUAAGCUAUUUCCUUGGUUGGUAAACAAUGAAAAUUUCAUUAUCCCUAACAACUAGGUAUAUAACUUUAAGCCACAAAAAAAGGAUAUUUUGCCCAAAAGUUUGGAGGUGCUCUUUGAGGUCUGAGGUGUCUUAUGGAAAAAAUUGUUACUUGGUUCCAUUCAGUUCUUUGAUAGGGUUAGGGACUUGGUGUGUGUUUGUUAAUUUUCCAAGUGAUACUUGGCACAGUGAAGAUGUAUGUGCUUUGUGUUAAAGAUCACCUGCUAAGGAUGGUAGGCCUGGGUUUCUGGUUGACAACCAGGUGGGCCUGAUUAGAGCAAUCAUUUCCUGGUAGGUACAAAAUAAUCACCAAGAGUUGUGUUGCAUCUGUGGUGUUUGUUUACUUUAUCAUAUAAGUUUUAUUCUUGAUUCCUGUAAAUAUCCAGUGCACUGAGGCCGUCUUUCCUUAAGAUGGCACCACAGCUUGGCACCUUGCCUUUGUAAUCUCUUAGAUAAUGUAGAAGCACAAAGAAACCAUUAAGCUCUGGUCAUCUUAGAGCAUCUCUCAUCUCUUCUAUAUUUUCUCAUCUUAAAAGCAGCCUAACUGAGAGUAAUAAUGUGCUGGACCAAUAGAAAUGGAUGUGGGAGUAAUUGUGGUAUGGUAAGAUAUUGUAAUUAUCUGUGAGGCUGCCUUACACGCUUUUGCAAUCAUUGUUUCAUCAUUCAUUUAUUCUGCAAACAUUCAUUUAGGGCCUGCUUUGUGCUCAAAGGCAAGCAGAAAGCUUCAGGAAUCUGCUGUAGCUAAGGAGCCCUGGGAGCACAGUUGAUCGAGCAGGGGAUGUGGUGAUGUCCCAAAUAGAGUGACAGUUGUGAACAAAAAGAUCAGAUGGGUUCUGGCCAAUCAGCUAAGGCUUGUGGUUCUCUUGAGCAAGUCUGUUCUGUCUGGAAACCAAAGUGCCCUUCUUCCUCUUGGAGACAUUUUAUUCUUACAUUCAUGUUUUCAAACUGAGCUGUCUCUACUAUUUGUAGUUGAAAAUCAUUCCAUAGUCACUUCACAUUAGAAUUUGGUCAUCUAUGUUUGUGUGAGAUGGAGGUGGGGAUUUUGGGGGGGUAGUGUGGGGAAAAUUGUCAUCCUUCUAAAUUAACUAUCAUGAAAAAAAUAGGAACAGUAUGUAAAGGGAACAGUAGCGGCAGCCUUCAGGGAAAAUGGAGCCGAGAAGAGCUGUGAACAAAGCUCAUUUACUUCAAAUAAAUGUGUUUCUUAAAAGAUGAGCAUCUGAUGUUAAAUUUCAUUCUGAGAAAUUAAUGAACAGCUGAAGUUAAUUUUUUCCUAUGUAGGUUAUUAUAAUUAUUUGAUACAAAGAUAACUAGUGUUUCUGGGUUGGUUUUUGAGACAGUAUGCAAAAUCAUAAGCACAGUUUUAAUAAAACAUUCUGGAGUCGCGUGGAACUUUGUGUUAUUUGGAGUUGAGAAGGGCAAAAUUUACUGACAAAAACCAGUGCCUAUCAUAAACAGAAAAAGCUGUUACUGUGCAGGCUGUCUUUGUCUUUAAUUUCAUAAAGGGUACAUUAUUGUUAAACCUGAUGACGUAGUUUGAGGGGAAAUGCACUGCUUUUAUUUAAGUGACCGCUCAUCUCACACUGCCUUCUGAUCAACUUUCAAAGUGUUUAUUUUUGCAGCUGCAUUUUGAGCAUGACUAAUCAUUUUUUUCCCCAACUAAUGAAAACGAUUUUGCAUGGCCUCCACAUAGCUCAGAAAGCAUGCUCUUACUACCUAUGCAGGCAACUAAGUAAAACAGAGAGACUACACUAAAUGUUAAGUUUUUAAAAAAAUAACUUUUAGAUUACGGAGGUCUAUUUUUAAAUUUGUAAUUUUUAAAAUGUGACUUAAUCAUUAGUGUAGAGGAGCAUGAAUGUGAUUUCUUGUUUUGCCCUGCAUAUGUUUCUCUUUGCUGAUUAUUUUGAUCAUUGGGGAGAUUGUGCAAAACAGAGUAUUUUGCAAGCAGGAAUAGAAUUGGAUAUGUUGAACAUACAUUGUUGGUGUAUAUACUGUAUUUAGCCUGAAGACUUUCCUAAAGUAUUUUGUUCUACAAAUAACCUGCCAUUUUUCUAUAGAUUUUAAUUUUUUAUAUCUCCUAGGAUUCUAUUCUGGUCACAAGGAAAGAAUGUGGCUUCAAGUAAUGCUAACAAUUUUGAAAUGUUUUUGUAGAGACUUAGAGCUGUUUUGGAAAACUUUAGAGCUUCCCAACUACUGGUCACAAUAAGACUAAGCCCAUGGAAUUUAUAGUGUUGUACAGUGGAUUAGGUUCUAGAUCCAUCUCACAUUCAUUUCAAACCAGUGUUUCCUAAUUUUGGGGAGGAAGGGGGUUCAUAGCAGACUUGAGAGGCUUUUUUGAAUCUCACACAUGUUCUCUGACUUGUCUGAGAUUGUGAAGCCCAACAUUCACUAGAAUCAUGCAAGGAAUUUUUAGAAAUACAGUGCCUGGGCCCCACUCCCAAGUUUUUGAUCUAAUUUAGUGUAGGGGCAGGUCACAGGAACUAGCAUGUAUUUUAAAGCUCUUGGGUCUCAAUUUACAGUCAGAAUUGAGGACCACUCUGAUAUACCUUUACUGAGAAUUAUGGCGAGAAUCACUGCCUUGUGAGGUCCUUAGGAGUGACUCUGAUUCCUCGUUUGUGUUGGAGAGACAAAAAAGAAAAAAAAUUGAGAACUACUGAUAUCAAACUCCUGUUUGAAAUAAGGGGCCUUUCUGACUCAAGGCCCAAUUUGGGAGCUUGGAGCAUUUUAUGGGUGGGUGGCCUAGCACUUUCCAGUCUGGUGGGAUUUGGUGGUCUUGGUUACAGGGGCAGGCAGAGUGCCCCGUGGGGGUCGUGCCUGUCCCCAGAGCUUUUGCCCUAGCAUGCGGGAAUAGGGAAGUCAUUCUGAGUUAGAAAAUGUUGAAGAUGAAAACAGAAAACCACCUUUCUAGCCUUGGAAAACCUGUCCCUGCUUUUGACCUUUUUGUGGUAAUUAUAAUAGCAAACCCCAGGCUGCCACUGCAUUUCCUACUUAGCUUAUUCUCUUCUAUAGUUCUUAUCCAGAAUGUUGUUUCGGGACUUCUUUUUUAGUUUGAAAAUGAAUGUGAAGCAUUUUAUGUGGAGUCUUUUUUUUUUGGGGGGUGACUUUGUUGCAUUUUUUCAUGUUGUUUUUAAAAAUCAAGUAACCACACGUCCAAAAACUUGGGACUGUAUGUUACCUAUGGAAGCAAAUAAAAUUGAGUUUUAAUCUGUGGUGAGCUGAAAGCACUACAACAUCUUCGAAAUAAUCUGUGUUCGGGUGGUUUCAUCCUGCCUACAGGAAAAACCAAACAAACAAAAAACACACACACAACAUACCUGGUGUUUUCAACAUUUUAAGGAAUAAAGAUGUAGGUAAAAAUCCGAGUCGGAAAUGCUUCUUUUGAAAGGCCACCCAGAGUGGUGAUACUGUUGCGGUUGUGAAAAUGCAAUAUGAAAUUUCCUAGGUGCUAUUCUAAAUGGUGUAGUGUCAUUAUACCAAAUGGAAAGGCAGUUACAGUAUUUCUGAAGUUGGAGUUCUCUGUGUAGGCCUUUCAGAUAUGUAUUUGUGUUCCAUAUGGGUUUGCUCACCAACUGUGCCUCUCACCACUGGUUAAAAUUGAAUUUAGGCCCCAUUUCAAAAAUAGUUCUUGAUUGAACUCUUCAGUUUUUACAUGGGAAUUCCUAUAGUUGUCUUAAAAGCUGCAUGUCAUAUCACUGUACACAGAAAGCGUUGGUAUUAUUCAUACACCAUUGAUGGUGAUUUCUGUGUAAUUUUCCUUUUUAGUUGUACAGUAAUAUGGAAGGCAGAUGUCUUUCCUAGAGGCUGGAAGAAAAGUGUAUCAUACAUUUUAAAUUAUUUUAGAACAAGUGCAUGAGAUGUGUCACUGACUUCUGUUAUUUAUUUGUAUGUUUUGUUUUUCAAAGUGUAUGCACUUUUAAGAAGCAGAAUUUAUAUUUUUAUGUUUAAAACAUUUUAUUUCUGAAACAGCAGUUGGAUAUACAGUAUACAGUUGGAAUUAAGAGAAAGUGGAAAAUGUAACAAAAUAUAAUAAAUUUAUUACAUGAUGUCCUCU